AUGGGUACAGAGCUCAAGGACUGUGUCCAUGGGUACAGAGCUCAAGGACUGUGUCCAUGGAUACAGAUCUCAAGGACUGUGCCCAUGGAUACAGAUCUCCAGGACUGCGCCCGUGGAUACAGAUCUCAAGGACUGUGCCCAUGGGUACAGAGCUCAAGGACUGUGCCCAUGGAUACAGAGCUCAAGGACUGUGUCCAUGGAUACAGAGCUCAAGGACUGCGUCCAUGGAUACAGAGCUCAAGGAGUGUGCCCAUGGGUACAGAGCUCAAGGAGUGUGUCCAUGGAUACAGAGCUCAAGGACUGCGCCCAUGGGUACAGAGCUCAAGGACUGUGUCCAUGGAUACAGAGCUCAAGGACUGCGCCCAUGGGUACAGAGCUCAAGGACUGUGUCCAUGGAUACAGAGCUCAAGGACUGCACCCAUGGUACAGAGCUCAAGGACUGCGCCCAUGGGUACAGAGCUCAAGGACUGCGCCCAUGGAUACAGAGCUCAAGGACUGUGCCCAUGGGUACAGAGCUCAAGGACUGCGCCCAUGGGUACAGAGCUCAAGGACUGCGCCCAUGGGUACAGAGCUCAAGGACUGCGCCCAUGGGUACAGAGCUCAAGGACUGCACCCAUGGGUACAGAGCUCAAGGACUGCGCCCAUGGGUACAGAGCUCAAGGACUGCGCCCAUGGGUACAGAGCUCAAGGACUGCGCCCAUGGGUACAGAGCUCAAGGACUGUGUUCAUGGAUACAGAGCUCAAGGACUGCGCCCAUGGGUACAGAGCUCAAGGAGUGUGUCCAUGGAUACAGAGCUCAAGGACUGCGCCCAUGGGUACAGAGCUCAAGGACUGUGUCCAUGGAUACAGAGCUCAAGGACUGCGCCCAUGGGUACAGAGCUCAAGGACUGCGCCCAUGGAUACAGAGCUCAAGGACUGCGCCCAUGGGUACAGAGCUCAAGGACUGCGCCCAUGGGUACAGAGCUCAAGGACUGCGCCCAUGGGUACAGAGCUCAAGGACUGCGCCCAUGGGUACAGAGCUCAAGGACUGCGCCCAUGGGUACAGAGCUCAAGGACUGCGCCCAUGGGUACAGAGCUCAAGGACUGCGCCCAUGGGUACAGAUCUCAAGGACUGCGCCCAUGGGUACAAAGCUUUUCAUUAUGCUCAAACUUGGAAAUUGA